UCUGUUUAUGGUUCACAGGUUUGGGUGCUUUGCUUUUUUUUCUUUUUAAUUUCUCUGAUGAAAAAAAUGAAGUCCAAAGAGCAACUGAGUUUCUUGAUUAGGUCUCUGGAGAGGGGGACAGGUGUGUGAAUGAGCAGGUGACAAAGGGUGCUGGAGGGAGGCUGGCCUUUUCCAGGCCCGCCUCCCCUGGGUGCUCUGCUACUGAGCAGGGACUCUUUCCUGCCCACCCAGCUCCCUUCACUUCCUGCUUGGUCCCUCCUUUUUCCUCUCUAUCGGGGGCCCCAGAAGAGAGCAUAUGUAAUAGCACCUUGCCCCUCUGCCACCUGGCAACAACCCUGGACUGCUGUAAGUGUGGACAUUCCUGCAGUAGAGAGAGCAUCAUGGUGGCUUUCAAAGGAGUCUGGACGCAGGCUUUCUGGAAAGCAGUCUCAGCAGAAUUUCUGGCCAUGCUUAUCUUCGUUUUACUCAGUGUGGGAUCCACCAUAAAUUGGGGUGGCUCAGAAAACCCCUUACCCGUGGACAUGGUCCUCAUUUCCCUUUGCUUCGGACUCAGCAUUGCUACCAUGGUGCAGUGCUUUGGCCACAUCAGUGGUGGCCACAUCAAUCCUGCUGUGACAGUGGCCAUGGUGUGCACACGAAAGAUCAGCAUCGCCAAGUCUGUCUUCUACAUCGCUGCACAGUGCCUGGGGGCCAUCAUUGGAGCCGGUAUCCUCUACCUGGUCACACCUCCCAGCGUGGUGGGAGGACUGGGAGUCACCACGGUUCAUGGAAACCUCACCGCUGGCCAUGGGCUCUUGGUGGAGUUAAUAAUCACUUUCCAGUUGGUUUUCACUAUAUUCGCCAGCUGUGAUUCCAAACGGACCGAUGUUACUGGUUCAAUAGCUUUAGCAAUUGGAUUUUCCGUUGCAAUUGGACAUUUGUUUGCAAUCAAUUAUACCGGAGCCAGCAUGAACCCAGCUCGAUCCUUUGGACCUGCAGUUAUCAUGGGAAACUGGGAAAACCACUGGAUAUACUGGGUCGGACCAAUCACAGGAGCGGUGCUGGCAGGCGCCCUUUACGAGUAUGUCUUCUGUCCUGACGUGGAGCUCAAACGGCGCCUUAAGGAAGCCUUCAGCAAAGCUACACAGCAGACAAAAGGGAGCUACAUGGAAGUGGAGGACAACAGGAGCCAAGUGGAGACAGAAGACUUGAUCCUGAAGCCCGGGGUGGUGCAUGUGAUUGACAUUGACCGCGGAGAGGAGAAGAAGGGGAAAGACUCUUCUGGAGAGGUAUUGUCUUCCGUAUGACUAGAGAACCGCACUGAAAGCAGAAAAGACUCCCUAGAACUGGCCUCAGAUUUUCUGCCACCCAUUAAGGAAACAGAUUUGUUAUAAAUUAGACACAUGCUGGUUUCUUGCUUCACAUCUUGUUACACAGUUUAAAUGACAUAUAUUUUACUAUUAUCAAUGGGGGGGGGAGAAGAAGCCUAUAAUGGAUACGAAAUUUUAAAACAGAAAUAUUUUUAAUGUAUCCCCAAAGCAAACAUGCAAUUAGUGUAUUGACUUAAUAAUAACUGAAAAGAUAAACCAAGAUCUGGUCAAGUCUUUCCCUGCAGAGCACAUGGACACCUCUAUGAGGAAGCUGAUAUUGUCCAUCGUCACCUGACUAUUGAUUUCAUGGCAUUGAUUUAAAAAUGACAAAGUGUGUACCUCACAGAAUCAUGUGCAUUCAGGAGAAGACAUGUACUAAGUUCUUCCACAAGCCACCCCUUAUUUAUAAACUACCUCGGAGGGAAAAAAAAUUAGCAAGGGUCACUGCUAAUAUGUCAUUUGUAUUUAUAUAUCUGAUUGUCAAAUCACAACCCCAAUUCACUAUACUCCUUCUUCCCCCUCAGAAUCCAAGAAACCAUAGGGCUAAAACUCAAAAAAAAAAAAAAAAUUGAAAGAAUAUUAACUUCUGUCCAUGUGUUAGUUUCAUCUAAUGAAACUUGUACAUGGGACAGAUAGUGAGGUUCAGGACAGCCAGACCUGGGGAGUCUGGUGGGAAGUGGAGCAAAGUUUACUACUGUCUUACAUCCAUCACAGGGAGAGGGGAAACCUCUGCUAUCAAAUGAUUGGUCUGUUUUCAGUGCACACUCUUAAACACACCACAAAAGAUUAACCGCCUAAGCUUUUAACUACUUCACUUACUUUUUAAGCUUAUUUGCAAAACUGCGGAAUUUCUUUGCCAUUUUGGUCCCUAUAUUGAAAUACUAGCUGAGACAUUUUAGAUCAGAAUUUGACUAGUUGAGUCCUGAUUUUCAGUUGGUGUCUAAAUGCUGCUUACUCUAGGUAGUAUAAACCCCAUGUCAACUGCUGAUGCUGUCUCGCUUCCCAUGACAUCUGUCGGUGAUCAGCAUUGUGAGUGUACCCAUUUGUAUGAAUUAAAAUAUAUGGCAGACAAGCUGCAACGUCGAUGCCAAAUAAAGAGGUGAGCAGACAGCCUCUGUGCUCACAGGUGCCCCAUCUGCACAUAGUUUACUGUGCUUUUAAGGUAUUUACUUCCUGCCUGGUUUAUUUGUUAAAACUGUUUGUUUUUCCCAUACUGCUUUGCCUUCUGCCCGUCGAAUGCUCUGUGGAAACCCCAGUUUUUACAAUCAUAACAGUCUAGCCUAGCAUUUAUCUUGGACAAAGUACUGCAAAUGUCAAUUUCACUAAACAAAAGUUUGUAGUGGGAGAGAGAAGAGCCAUCUCUUCGAGAACUAGCUUAUAAAUAGCUGAUAAUCGAGGGCUUUCUUCUCCCAAGCACAAUUCCAAUUGUGUGACAUCUUAUUGUUAAUGGCAGUUUUGCGUCUGUGGCAGCCAGAUAAUGGACCACGAUUAAACUUGAUUCUCUUCGGUGCUCAGAAACUGAUGUGCAAGUUCCCAGGGCCACGAGGGCAGCAUUUGCCUCUCAGUGCCACCGGCAGAUUCUGAGGUAGAUGCUGGAAGCAUAGGUCCCAUUUCAAGGCUUUGAAUAUACUACACUGGAGACAUGAGCUUCCUCUCUGAGCGGAUCGUGCAGACCCAGGGCGUAGACCUCCCAGGGGUGGUUUCUGCCCAUUCCUUCACGUGUUUUCACAAUGUACCUGCCAGGCUUAAGAUCAGUGUGCAGAAGGUGAUAACCAUCAACAAACAUGUCGGGUCGAAAAUAAAUUUAGUUAACAAGGAAGAAUUAAGAACAUUUCUGAUUACUCUUUCAAAAUCCUGGCCUGUGAAUAUUUUUAUUAUGCCAUACAGCUUGCUUUGUUUGUGCUCACUUUAACAGUCAUUUCCAGUAACGGCUUUCAAUAUGGUAGGAACUGAAAACAGUGAAAUCAUGGCUUGGUGAUUUGUUUUCUAGCAUCUGGCAGAGUGCCAGGCAAACAGUAGGUAAUCAAAACAAGCAUGUCUUUGAUUAUAUACGUAUGUGUGUGCAUAUAUAUGUAUAUAUAUACAUAUAUAUAUAUAAAACUUACAUUUGAGAUUUAAGAAUACCAAUAAUCCAAUAAUCUCUUCUAAUUUUUAUUUUGCUCAAUAUUUAGUGAAAGCAUAAUUUUUAGUGUCAUCAAAGGAAAGCAACAUGAACGUGGAAACAAAGAGCAUAUUUUUACAUUCUGCUGUUUAAGGGCAGAGAGUGACAGCAUUGUCACUCUUCGUCUUUGCAUAAGAGACAAUAUGCCUUGCAUUUCACUCACGGCUCUGCCAGUAAAAAAAAUGUAAUGAAAUAGUCCCUUUCUAAUGACAUCUAUGCAGCAGGGGUCUAUUGCCUUGUGGAUGACACCAAAUUAUCCAAUGUAUUAGGAGAUCAGGGCUUUUCCCUUUAAUCCCUUUUUAUUAAUGAAGUGCAUAGUACCAUUCCCAAGAGACAGCUACUGACAGAUACACAACAGAGAGAUCAGAGAGGAAAAGUCAGGAAGACAUAAAAGAUUUAUACGAGCCAUGGAACAACACCAACUGUCUGUUCCCUCAGGAGGAAAACAGAGACACCCCCAAGUUUCAAGGUGGUCCAUACACUGGAAAUGUACAUAGUCUGUCAAAACAGAGCAGAAAGAAAUCAUUUUUUUUAAGAUUUUGAGAAUAUUUUUCCAAUGUAGGACUCUAAUUUCUAAAUGUGUGUUUCCAUUUCCUUCCAAAAUGUUUUACUCUACAAAAAAAUUAUUUUCUGUAGACUAAGUCAUUGGUAAUUUUACAACUUGUCUCUGUGAUUUGACACUAUAAGUCCUCUCCCUUUCAGUCAUCAGAGGGGUGUCCUACCACAUCUCACAGACACUGCUGGCCAGAGCUGCUCCCUGCUGAUUUCAUAAGGAGUUAGAAAUCUCUGGGAAAUGUGCAUGAUAGAAAUGAAUUGACUUAUUAGUGGCCAAUUUCAAAAAGGGCAACCCUUCUCCGAGGAGGAUCCAGGCAAUGUUGUAUGCACUGCGCUAACUCCACAGAUGGCAGUGAAUUCUCAAAACCAAGGGACUAAUUAAAAUGGUGGCAUUGGUCCUUGCCUGGCCCUUUGCAGUGUAAUGUAGCUCUUGAUUUUUGACUUAAAAAAGUAAAAAAAAAAAAAAAAACCCUCCUCACCCAUCAGAAAUCUAACAGAGACACUGCCAUAUCUAUAACAAUUGAAUAUGGAGAGCCAAAUAGACGAUUUUAUAAAAACCAUAAAAAGUUCUUAUCAUUAAACUACAGGAUACGUGAAUUUGGCAUCUCUUGGACCUGAAAGUUCAUGUCUAGGUGUCAAUGCUUUUCAAAAAACCUUAAAUAACACAAACAUUUGAAACCCAUAAUUCUCAGAAAGAAAUGUUAGACACUUAACUUCAAAAAUCAAAAACUAUGGAUACUCACUUUUGGCACAUAACUUCCCUGAAAACACACAACAAACAAAUGUUAAACAACACAUACCAUGAACACUAAAUUUAAGAGCAGUUAUAUUGUUACUGUUUUAAGUCCAAAAUCAAGAGCUAAAAAAUUACUCCUAACAUAUAUAUUCCAUUGCAAAGUAUUUUUAGAUUUUUUUCAGGUUUGAUCAAAUAAACAUGCAAUUUAUGGAAAUAUGUAAACGAUUUACCAUUUUAUCACCCAAAUCACAAUAAACUUGCAACUUAUGAGGAACUAAGAAAAAUAAAAUGAAUGCCUGGUUAUAUUCACAACUAUUUAUUAACUUAUAUUAUUACAACAUUAGAUUUAAUGUUAAAUGGAUUUAAACUAUAAUGACUAAUAUUUGGAAAAACCUAUUAAAAGUAUUAGCAGUG